UUUGAGUUGACUUUAUACCUAUUCUAGCGCAAAAUAACGAAAAUAAAUCACAAUUGAAGAGAAUUGUUAUCGGCAAGACGUGUUUUUUGAGUGUUAUUUAGUUUACAAAACAAUGUACUCUUUGUGAGCCGGUUCUACGAGAAUGUGGCCGCUAUGCAUCCCAGCAUGGGGCGCGGCGGUGGCGGCGGGCGCGCUGGUGCUGUACGGCACACUCGACGUUGCGUAUUUCGCGCGCAUGCUGUUCACGGUCACGCGCGCUAGGUACUUCCGCAAAAAGGCGUGCCUGUUGGAAACUACGGAGGUCGGCUCCUGGGUCCUCCUCUCCGACAUCGACACUCUCCUCUACCACAUGAACAACGCGCGCUAUCUUCGCGAACUGGACUUCGCUCGCGCCGACUUCUACGAGAGAACUGGACUGUAUUCCAAUAUUAAAGCUGCUGGCGGGGCCGUCGUGCAAGCGGCUUGCACUAUUCGCUAUAGGAGAUACCUGAAACCGUUCACCAAGUUCACAAUUACUUCUAGAGUAAUCUACUGGGACAACAAGACCGUCUUCAUGGAGCACGAGUUCGUCGGGCCCGGCCGCUUCGUGCACGCGGUCGCCGUGUGCCGACAACGUGUGAUAGACACGGCCGCCGCACCGAUAGCGGAGCUUUUGGUCCAGCUGCAUUGUGCGGGAACUUGCAAGCCGCAGCUGGGAAACAUGCCAACGGAGUUGGAGCUAUGGGUACAGAGCAACGAGUUAAGUUCUGCCCGCUUGCGGUCAACCGUGGUGCCUGCGCCCUUCCUACCAGCCUCUCCUCAAAUAGGUUCUGGUGAAUCCAUCACGGCUGCAGAAUGAAGUAGCGUUUCCAAGAGGGAACACAAAGUGAACCAGAUUCGAGUGACAUGAACUGGAACGGAUGAGGAUAGCGAGAACUGUUUUCAUUAUUUUUGAUGUUUUGUAAACGUCAGCUCGGCUGUAAAAUGGUCCAAGACCUUAAACCAAGGCUCGAAAACUGGGCUUUAAUAUAAUGCAUAAAGUCAAUGUGGGGAAUACCGGCACAUAACAUUUUUGGUUAGGAAGACCGUCAGUCAGAAAGGAAGAGCGUAGCUCCUUCUGCUCUAACAACCUUCUGUAGUACUAUGACUUCAAGUACAACAGUUACUAUAGUUGGUCAAACCAAUUUGUCAGUUAGUAACAACCAGGAAAAUUAUACUCAUCCCUUUCUUUUAGGUGCUAGUACUAGUGUAAGACAAAGAUAGUAUGAUUCUUUUUGUCUGUUGGAAAUGAGACAGUCCUUUGACAAACUAUAUG